AUGUCAUCUGUCAGUGAAUCGAGUAACGGAAAGCUGGGAGUUUUUUCUGGGGAUGAAAAAAUGCAACCAAGUUCCUCUAAUGCCAGUGACGGAAUCAAUUCUUUCCAUCCUGGUUACCAAAGUCAGAAUGAAGAUUUCAAUGAUGAACUACUGAAUAUCCACAGAGUAGUUACCAGAGAAUCCCAUUAUAAUGAAGCUAUUGGUACCAAUGACAAUCAAGUCCUUCAGCGUCUUUCAACAUUAUCUAAAACUUUAUCCCAUAUGACUGCUGCAGACAUGAAAUCUUUCAAAAUUGACGAGAAUGAUUUUGAUUUAAAGGCAAUUCUUAAAUUCAUGGCACACAAGAAUGAGGAAAAUGGUAUAAAAACGAAAAACUGUGAAGUUGUUUUCAAAGAUCUAACAAUCACAGGUAAAAACACCUCCGCUUCCGUUGUUAAAGAUGUCACCGAUGUAUUUUUUCCACCAUACGCUUUUAUAAGAAAUAGGAUAGAGGCUAGAAGAAGUGCUUUUGAUUUCAAGAAAUUGCCAAAGACGAGAAAAAUUGUUAAGGAUGCCACUGGCUACUUACUACCUGGUACAAUGACUUUGGUAUUAGGAAGACCUGGUGCUGGUUGCUCUUCAUUUUUGAAAGUUUUAUCAGGAGAAACUAAAACUUAUAUAGGUUACGAAGGUGAAAUAUCUUAUGGAGGAAUUCCAUCUGACGUGAUGUUCAAAGACCAUAAGAACCAGUUGAUUUACAAUCCCGAAUUGGACGUUCAUUUUCCUUACCUAACUGUCGAGGAAACCAUGCAAUUUGCAAUUGGGUGUAAGACGCCAAAUAUUAGGAUCAAUAAUGUUUCAAGGAAAGAAUACAUCAAUACUAUCAAGGACCUAUAUCUCACUUUGUUUGGUUUGAAACACGUUGAAAAAACGUUGGUUGGUAAUGAUUUUGUCAGAGGUAUUUCAGGUGGUCAAAGAAAAAGGGUUUCCAUUGCAGAAGCCAUGGUAACAAAAGGUACUGUUUUCUGUUUUGAUAACGCUACAAGAGGUUUGGAUGCAUCGACCGCCCUAGAAUUUGCAGAAUCAUUAAGAACAUCGACAAACAUCACUGAAACAACUUCUGUUGUUACCAUUUAUCAAGCGUCUGAGAAUAUAUACAAACUUUUCGAUUAUGUUACUGUUCUGUAUCUUGGUCGUCAAGUUUAUUUUGGUCCUAUUGAUCAAGCCGUUGACUUUUUUUACAGAAUGGGUUAUGAGAAACCUUCGAGACAGACUACACCGGAGUUUUUGACCGCAGUGACUGAUCCUCUAGCCAGAAAUAUCAGAGCUGGAUUCAAGCAAUCAGAAAUUCCACAAACCGCUGAUGAAUUCGAACAGUACUGGAAAAAUUCCCCUGAGUAUGCUGAUUUGGUUCGUACUGUGGAUUCAAAACUUCAAUCUGCAAAUGGAAGUGAAACUAACCAAAAUUUCAAGGAUGUGGCAGUUGCUGAAAAACAGAAAUGGACUUCUUCAAAAUCUCCAUACAUAAUCAACUUCGUCGAGCAAUUAAAGUUGUGUUGUGAGAGGAGGUUUCACAAUCUUGUUAACAAUAAAGCCUAUACUUUAACAUUAGUGUCUGCCGCUGUUAUUCAGUCGUUGAUUAUUGGUUCCCUCUAUUACAAUACAACGGAAGAAACAAUCGGUGCUUUUUCGAGAGGUGGUGUUCUUUUCUUCUCAUGCCUUUAUUUUGCUAUUAUGUCCCUCGCUGAAACUGCAGAUUUGUUUAUGGAUAAACCAAUUUUGAAUAAGCAAUUCUGCUACACAAUGUACCGUCCUUCUGCCGAAUUGAUUGCUAAACAAUUAGUCGCUUUCCCAGUCCGUGGUAUAGCUAUUACCUUUUUCUCUUUGAUUAUCUACUUCUUAUCAAAUUUGAAGAGAGAAGCUGGCUCUUUUUUUAUUUAUUACUUAUUUGUCAAUUUGAUUGUGCAGGCUGUUGUUUCAUUAUUUACAUUGCUCGCUUCUCUCAUGCCAGAUCUAUCUGCAGCCAAUGGUAUCAAUGGUAUAACCAUGAUGUCAAUGCUUCUUUAUUCUUCAUAUAUGAUUCAAAGACCUUCUAUGUGGUGGUGGUUCAAAUGGUUCUCAUAUUGUAACCCGGUUCUAUAUGCAUUUGAAUCUUUAAUCUUAUCUGAAUUUAGAGGAAAGGUUAUGCCUUGCUCAGAGAGUCAGUUGAUUCCUUCUGGUCCAUCUUACAGCAACGUCAAUUCGCUGGUAAACCAAGUUUGUGGGUUUGUUGGUGCUGCUCCUUCCAAGGAACUAUAUAAUGGCAGAAAUGAUGUCGAUGGUAUGAUUUAUUUGAAAUUAGCAUUUCAGUAUACGUGGGGCCAUAUGUGGAGAAACUUUGGUAUAAUGUUUGCGUUCAUUUUUGGUUACCUUUCGAUUAAUGCUAUUUUAGUCGAAAACUAUAAUCCGAUUGUCGCCUCAUCUGACAAACUACUAUUUAUUCAUGGUGCAAACAUUCCUACCUCACUUUUGGAAGCUAUUGGUGUCACUGAUAACACUGUUGAUCCCGAAAGUAAUGCUGGUAUAAAAGAAAAGUCCGAAGAUGAAAUAAAUGACGAAAUUUCAGAGUCUAGAAGGUCGACCACAAACCUUGAAAAUCAGAAGUUAGGGUCCAGUGAUAUUUUCAUGUGGCAGAAUGUUGACUAUGUUGUUCCUUAUGACGGCGAAGAUAGAAAGUUGCUAGACAAUGUUCAAGGGUACGUUUUGCCAGGUACAUUAACUGCAUUGAUGGGUGAAUCCGGUGCUGGUAAGACUACUUUGUUGAAUGUUCUAUCUAGGCGUGUGGAUGUUGGUGUCGUAAGUGGGGACAUGCUUAUUAAUGGAAAACCGAUUGAUUCCUCCUUUGAAAGGAGAACUGGUUAUGUUCAACAGCAGGACCUUCAUAUCGCAGAAUUGACUGUUAGAGAAUCUUUGAUUUUCAGCGCAAGAUUAAGAAGACCACACACCGUACCAGACAAAGAAAAAAUUGAGUACGUUGAUGAAGUUAUAAAGAUUUUAAACAUGGAGGAAUAUUCAGAUUCCAUUACAGGCGAAUCUGGUUAUGGUUUGAAUGUUGAACAGAGAAAGAAAUUAUCUAUCGCCACGGAAAUGGUUGCAAAACCAUCAUUAUUGUUAUUUUUGGAUGAACCUACGUCUGGUCUAGAUUCUCAGUCUUCAUGGGCUAUUGUCCAAGUUUUAAAGGAUUUGGCACGUGCCGGCCAAGCUAUUUUGUGUACUAUCCACCAGCCGUCGGCAACAUUGUUUGAAGAGUUCGACAAGUUGUUACUUUUGAGGAGAGGUGGUCAGACUGUUUACUUUGGUGAUAUUGGUAAAAAUUCAGAAACUCUGUUGAACUAUUUUGAACAGCAAGGAGCAAGAAAAUGUUCGCCAACCGAAAACCCUGCAGAGUAUAUCCUAGAAGCAAUCGGUGCCGGUUCCAUCUCUGCUACCGAAGAUUGGAAUGAAAAAUGGCUUCAAUCUGAACAGUGUGCUGCUGUCACUCAAGAAAUUGCCAACCUUAUUGCUGAAACAUCGAAGUUGCCUGCAUCUGACAACUCCGAACUUACCUCAAAGUUUGCUGCUCCCUAUGUCGUCCAGUUUCGUGAAGUCUUCAAAAGAACCUUUUUGCAAUUUUACAGAAGUUUACCUUAUAUCAUGGCAAAGUUUAUGUUGUUUCUAAUCGGUGGUUUGCUAACUGGUUUUUCGUUCUGGAACAGUAAGCAUAGUGUAGUGGGUAUGCAAAAUGUCAUGUUUGCCUGUUUUCAAGCGGUUGUUGUUGCUGCCCCAUUAAUCAACCAAAUCCAGGAGAAGGCCAUUGCGUCUCGAGAAUUGUAUGAGGUUAGAGAAUCCAAAUCUAAUACUUUCCACUGGUCCUUGUUAAUGAUAUGCCAAUACUUGACAGAAAUUCCAUUCUCCAUUAUAUUUUCUACGAUUUACUUUAUUUGCUGGUACUUUCCGAUUCAAUUGGAUAAUUCAGCUGCUAGAUGUGGUAUGUGGUGGUUCACUUAUUGUAUCUUCUUCCAGCUGUAUUACGUUUCAUUAGGGCUUGCAAUUGUUUAUUCAUCCCCUGAUUUGCCAUCUGCCAAUGUUCUUACAGGUUUAGCUUUGAAUUUUAUUAUUUCUUUCUGUGGUGUCGUUCAAACACCAAAACUAAUGCCUGGGUUCUGGAAGUUUAUGUGGAGGCUUUCACCUUUCACGUAUUUCAUGGAUAACUUUUUGUCUCUUGGACUACACGAACGUGUAGUCGAAUGCUCCAAACAAGAAUACAAUUACUUACAACCUCCAAGUGGAUCAACGUGUGGCGAUUAUUUAGCAAACUACUUCGAAACGAACAAUGGUUACGUUAAUAAUCCAAAUGCAACCUCUGAUUGUGCCGUCUGUCUAUACAGAGUAGGAGAUGAAUAUUUGAAGAGUGUUGGAAUGUCGUAUAGCCAUAGAUGGAGAAAUGUUGGUUUCUACUGUGUCUACAUUGGAUUUAAUGUUUGUGCAAUGGCUGGUCUUUAUUACAUCCUAAGAGUAAGAAAGAUGAACGUUACUAGUCCUUUUGUUUCACUAGCAAAGAGGUUCCAAAAAAAAUAA